UGAAGCUAUAAAUUUGUAAUGUCAUUUUAGUUCGGCGUCUAAAUGGUCGAGGAAAUCGAUAGAAAACGAMCAUAAAAGCGGGUUUCCAUGUCUGUUAGGAUGGAGGACAAUUCAGUGGAGAGUUUGUCAGAGGUGUUCAGAUGUUUCAUAUGUAUGGAAAGGCUGCGUGAUGCACGUCUCUGCCCACACUGUUCUAAACUUUGCUGUUUUCUGUGUAUACGGAAAUGGCUAACAGAACAACGUCCACAGUGUCCUCAUUGCAGAGCAUCUUUACAUCUGCAUGAACUAGUACAUUGUCGCUGGGUGGAAGAGGUGACACAGCAAUUAGAUUCUCUUCAACUUGCUGCACCUACCAAGGGUCGAGAUGACACUGAAAAAGACAGAUGUGAGAUUCACCAUGAGAAGCUUAGUGUGUACUGCAGUACGUGCAAAAAGUGUAUUUGUCACCAGUGUGCAUUAUGGGGAGGAACACAUUCUGGACACAACUUCAAACCGUUAGACGAGGUCUACGACCAGCACGUGUCCUCCAUUACUGAUGAGGUUGCAGCGUUGCGAAGGCGUUUAAUGGAACUCAUAAGUCUAGUACAGGAAGUUGAACGAAACGUAGAGAGUCUGAGAGAAGCUAAAGAAGAGCGUGUUCGAGAGAUUCGCAAUGCUGUUGAACUAAUGAUUGCAAGACUUGAUUCACAACUAAAGAGUAAACUCCUGACUUUGAUGGGUCAGAAAAACUCCUUAACUCAAGAAACGGAACUUUUAGAAUCUUUAUUACAAGAAGUCGAACAUCAGUUACAUUCGUGCUCAAGAAGUGAGCUGAUCGCUAAAAGUGGUGAAUUACUACAAAUGUUUAACCAAGUCCAUCGUAAACCAAUGGCAUCUUUCGUCACGCCGCCUAUUCCCGCUGACUUCUCAAGUGAAAUUGUACCUCCUUACGACACGAGUACCUUCUGCAUUACGAACUUCAGUAUGUUGAAAAGAAAGGCUGAUCCUGUGUACAGUGAACCGCUGAACGUUAAUGGAUUAAGUUGGAGGCUCAAAGUAUAUCCGGAUGGUAAUGGUGUUGUUCGUGGUAACUAUCUUUCCGUGUUCUUAGAACUGACAGCAGGUCUACCUGAAACUUCAAAGUAUGAAUACCGAGUGGAGAUGGUCCACCACGCUUCGCCUGACUCAAGUCGGAAUAUUGUGCGAGAAUUUGCCUCGGAUUUUGAAGUCGGCGAAUGUUGGGGCUACAAUAGAUUCUUUAGACUAGAUUUUCUGGCCAGUGAGGGAUACCUUAAUACAGCGAAUGAUACUCUGAUUCUACGGUUUCAAGUCAGACCGCCAACGUUUUACCAAAAAUGCCGUGACCAGCAAUGGUAUAUCAAUCAGCUCGAGACAAGUCAGCUUCAGUACAUACAACAAAUGAAUGAUCUUAAAGAGCGCCUCGCUAUUGAGCUUUCACGAAACCACGCAGCCCCUCCCUCGUCAUCUUCGGCGUCACCAGACCGAAGUCACGUGUCCCUUUUAGAACAGUCGAUCGACGACGAUGAAUCUGCUGACCAGACUGUUACUAAGCAACCAAGACAAAGCGUUAAAAUGAUUUAUGGCAAAAACAACAAAAGUAAGAACAACAAGACACGUAUGGCACUCCAUACUGCUAUAGACGUUGAGAUGGCAACAGGUCCGUCAGUGCAGAACUCAGAAGAAGGCGAGGAGAUGGACAUGGAGAACGAAAUUGAAGAAAAUCCUAUGGACGACGACGAGGAUAACGACGACGAUAGUCGCGAUGGAUCGGACGAUGAAACACUCAAUGAAUUUGAAACGAAUGUGUUAGAAGACAUUAUUCCUGAGCCAGGAUCCGAGGGGAUAAUUGACGAGAAACCAAAUUCCAACACAACUGUUUGUCGUGAUAGUGGUCGUCUAUCCAAAACUGAAUUACAGCCACAAGCAGACGAAAGCGAGUGGGAAACACAAGAGGAAGAAGAAGAAGGUGGUUGGACCUUGGAAGAUGUCGAGUUCGAGCUAGUCGAGCCAAUCAUGGACAAAGAUUCGCAAGAGAAACAAARUCACGAUGAGCAAAAUCAAGCCAGCGCGGCUUCAGAGACAACAACAGAAAAACUUGCAUUCUUUGAACCUGAAGCAAGAGUGUUGCUGAAUUUAAUCAAACUGAGUGAAUCAGGCUCACGAUGGAAAACCAACAGUCCAACUAGAAAGGCCGUGUCACUAAUCGACAUGCCAAGGGCUGAAGAGAAGGCCGCAUCUAGGCGCAGGGCACGUUAUGAGAGAUGUAGUAGCAUGCUAGAAAAGUUACAAAGCUGCUUGAAUCGCGCUGAAGCCAAGAGCUCUGCGGCAGCGUUAGAGAGUGUCAAACAACUGGAAGCAGAAGCCAUGGCUAACGCUGCCUAUCCCAGGCAUUCACGUGACCACAGAAGGCAGAGACGUGGAGCAUCGUUACCUGUUGUCAGUGCAAGAACAAAAACGUCACCGAAAAGAGAUCCAGAAGUUUGUUUAGUUGUGGCAGAUGCCGAUGUUGGUGGAAGUAGUCCUGAACUAGACACAGAUAGUGCACAUAACAUACCUGAAAAGAUCGACACUCCUACAAGCAGUAGACAGCAGACACAUGGUACAAAAGUCAGAAAGGUCGUGCGAUCAAAUGGCAGUACCUCCGAGAUAGGCAGAGAUGGUCUGGAAAGAAGCUCUCAACUCCUGUCUGAACUCAAGCGAGCGUCAACGCURAAUAAGGCAUACAGACUGAGCUUCAGUAGUCCUGAAGAAGAGGARCUACUCCGGGCUCUAGAUGCAGCAUCAAAAACCAACACAACCAAUCAGGAUUGCGAAGAGGGAGUAUUGUAUGUCAGUACACGUUCGUCUGAUGAUGAAUUCACAUCGUCGUCUAUUACAGCAAGUGACCAUCUAGUCAGUUCUACUAUGAUAAAUGAACCUACUCCACCAGAUGACAGUGAAACAAGUCGAAGUGAAGAAACCAACGUUAUUGAUGAUCCACUGCAAUCAAGAGAUGAACAGUAAAYAUAUCUAGAUGGAAGACUGUUUUAYAAGAAGUCUCUURUAAAAAAGGCCUAAUAUGAAACUGCGUUCGGAUCAUUGUCUAUAUAUUAUGUUGCCAAGCAUUCGUUAUGGCGAAAAUAGGCCCCUUGCAUAUCGUGGGAAUGCAACUCCAACUGGAGGACAAACAAUGGAUUCUAGUUCCCAAGAGGGCAAAAAGCAAAAAAAAAAAAUGUUUUGUUGUCCUCCAGUUUAAUCUACUUUGACGUCACAUGCAAGGUGUCUAUUGGGUAUUCUCUGUUCUAUUGUUCCAUAUACAGGACUAAAUAGAGUGGUUUUCCGUCAACCAUGAAAGYACAAUAAGUCUAAUAGUUAGUAGYAGYUUGUAAUAKACCAAUACUAAUAGUCUAGGUUGUAUCCGAUUAUAUAGGUAUAAACUAUAGGUAUAGUAAACUAUAGGUAUAGGUAUAAACGUAUUCAUCACAAAAAGUUCUUUUUUUUUAUUUUAAUGGUCGUUUUUGUUAUGGUAACUAAUUAAACUAAACGUUUAAUUUAUUCAAAUUGUUGUUUGUUAGCUAUUCGUUUAUAGUUUAUAUGUCUAAAAGUUAUAUUGACUAGUCUAGUAUUCAUUGCUACUAACUAGUUGGUCUAUUUCUUUUCAUGGUUGACGGAAAACCACUCUACUGUUCAUUGCUCGUUCUGUGUGCUUUAGAUCUUUAGAUUUGAUCGCCUUAUUGAAUAAUGCAGUACAAGGGAUAUUGUUUACAACUCAGUCCACACGUAGACCCUUUGUAAAUAGUUACUCGUCUAAGUCACGCAUUCUUGUAGACCCUUUGUAAAUAGUUACUCGUCUAAGUCACGCAUUCUUCCAAUCAUUUUCGGGGACGUUCUAAGCAUGAGAGGGCGGGACUGGCGCUUGAAACAGAUGUUAUAUUGCAGUUUAGAGUCUAUGUAGAAAUAUUUUACGGACGAAGGGAAUCAAAUCCAGAGGAGAUCCCAUAAGUAUCGCAGCAACUAUUCUACAAAUUGGAUUAUUGUAAGAUAGACCUGAUUUGUUAUUUAUGUUGUUGGACGUUCGUGGUGUUUAUUUGUUUAAUGAAAACUGAUUAAUAUAUAUGAAGAUAAGAUUGUUAUAAUAUAUCAGUUGUAAUAUAUUGUUCAUAUCGAAUAAAACAUUAGUUUUGUUAUU